UUUUAAAGCUUUAAAAGGCUUAUAAUUCAGAUAGUCCAUCAAAUCAGAGCAAUGACAAAUCAAGAUAUCGGACUAUCGGUAGACUUAAAGCCCAAGCUUCACGUCACAAAAGUCCGUGAUCCUCGGCCUUCAGUGUGGCUCUCUUUCUUUAAAUGUCUAUUUGGAAUAAUCCUCUCGUUCAUGGUUCUAACGAGUGUUAUUGCCAGCAAGCUGUCGUUGAUAUCUAUUGGUACUUUUUACAAUAGCACUCGCAGUGGCUGCACUACUAACUUUGAUGUUGAUCACUCCAAAGAAACGACGUUUACAAUGAUGGUACUGAUUCUAAUGAUUCCUCAGUUUAUGUCAUUAAUACGAGCUUGUUGGAGAAGUUUGUGCAGCGAAUUCCACCCUUGGCCAACUAACGUAGCAAUACUGUGGGCUGUAUUUUCUGCUCUGCUUGAGGUGUUUGGACUGUCAUUCUUCACUGUUGUUGUGGUCCUUAAAACAACUUUGUCAGCAGCCCAUUGCGUGGUGAUAAUGAACUGCCUUUUCCUAUUUCCGAUAAUCUUCCGAUUCUCGAAGAUAAAACAACUUAAAAAAGAUAAAGAACCCUGGUUAAAGCCAUUUCUGCUUCUAAUUUUAUCACUUUUACUUGAGAUCGCUGGGAUUGGUUUGCUUUCAUUUGAUGUCAUUAUGAAUAAAAAGAACGUCAAUCUUCAGGAAGCUGUUGGUAUUCCUAUUUCUCUUCUUCUCGUGUCUUUGGCUUGGAGUAAACAACUCCAGACACGUCAGGUUGAGCCAAGAAAAAAUGAAAAUUCUGCUCCUUCAAAUAAUCGCAAUGGCUCAUUAGAUGAAGACGAAAUAUUCCCCAAAGCAACAGCACGAGACAAAUCUACAAUCAUUUCUUCCAUUGUCAAACUGGUUGCGACACCUUUCGUUUCUGCAUUGUUUUGUUAUGUAUUUGAUGUUGCAGACUUAGCAAAUCUGAACAAUGGCUUCCUUCGCUUUGAUGUAGCUCAUACAGCUUUUCCUCAUUUUAUGGCACAGAUUUUAACAAGUAUCGUAGGAAGCGUUUUAGGUUGGCUUGCCUGUGCAAUGUGCAUGCAGAGACUUGCCUUUUUCUUGCCAAUGCUUCUCGCCACACCACUUUCUCUUAUUUUGAUCUCCAUUCCUGAAUUGUGCUGCACCAGUGCCAUACCCCUGAAGUGUUUAGACACUCAUGACAAUCACAUAUUCCCAAUGGCUUUUUGCUUGUGGCUCGCACAAGUCUUGUCUACGGGAAUGUACUUAUGGAAAGGGCAAACUUUUAUCAUGGCUAAGGAGUCCUCUCUGUUCUGGCUACCGGUCUACAAUAAUGCGUUCCUUGAGCAAAGUCUGUUAUUAAAUCGCAAAAAUCAAGCAACAGACGAUUCAAAAAUUAUUCGAGCGGAUGUUGUCAAGAAAUCGCGUGUGUACAUAUGUACAACAAUGUACCACGAAAACAAAACUGAGAUGGAACAACUGCUGCGCUCUCUUCACGACAUCGACACGGCAAGGCUUAAAUCAGAACGAAAUUUUGAGUCGCAUAUAUUCUUUGAUGGAGCUGUAAAAGGGAAUGUGCUGAAUGACUUCGUAUUGCAACUCAUUGCUCUUGUUCCCAAAACACUUGGUGUGGAAAAGAUAGAAGACUGUAAGAAGAUAAAGACACCUUAUGGAAUGCAACUGAAAUGGGAACUCCCUGGCGGAAUGCCAUUCUAUAUCCAUUUGAAGGACAAUUUUAAGGUCAAAAACAAGAAGCGUUGGAGUCAAGCCAUGUACAUGUCAUACGUCUUGGACUACAAGAAAGCUAGCAUGGAAAGCGAUCCACACAACGAAGCAGUCGCGGGAAGCGAACACAAGGAAGUCCAGAUAGGCGAUGACAACAUAACCUAUAUCCUAGCAACUGAUGCCGAUGUCCGUUUUACCCAUGAAUCAGUGGAGGCCCUGUUAGAUUUGAUGAUGAGAGAUCAAAAAGUGGGCGCUGUCUGCGGGCGUACACAUCCUUUGGGAUCUGGGCCUGUUGUAUGGUAUCAAGUAUUCGACUACGCUAUUGGUCACUGGUUUCAAAAGGUCGCCAAUCACGUCCUUGGAUCAGUCCUCUGUUCACCUGGCUGUUUCAGUGUCUAUCGUGCACGAGCCAUAAGAGAUGUUCUUCCAAUCUAUGCUUCACCUGUUGAGACAUCCAUUGACUUUCUCACAAAAGAUAUGGGGGAAGACCGCUGGAUGUGUACAUUAAUGGUUCAGUCAGGUUGGCGUCUUGAGUACUGUGCUGCCGCAGAAGACAGCACUUUCUGUCCAGACACUUUUGAUGAGUUCUUCAAUCAAAGACGUCGAUGGAUCCCAUCAACCCUUGUGAAUCUCAUCCAGUUGAUUAGAGAAUGGAAAUUCACUGUCGAAAACAACGACAAGAUCUCGAUUUUCUUCAUUCUUUACCAAGCACUCUUAGUUGUAUCUACUCUUAUAUCGCCUGCAACCGUUAUCCUUGUCAUCACUGGGGCACUUAAAUACUCCAAGUUACCAGGAACAGAUAAUGAUGUAGCUAUUCUCAUACUUCUUUGUGUUGUAACGUUUGGUUUUGCCUUAAUCUGUCUUUACACCAAGCAGUCAUUUCAACUCAAGGUGGCAAAGGUUCUCACUAUUAUGUUCGCAUUGCUAAUGACUGCUGUUACUGUUGGUAUGGCCGCACAGAUUGCUAUCGAUCUUUCCAAAAGAUCUCAAUGUGAUGCGAAAACAAUAGCACCGAAUGCAUUGGGCACCGAAUGCACAGAUGGUUUUCCUGCUGACCUUAGUUCGCUCUAUCUUGCUGGCCUUGUUGGUAUUUAUUUUGCUGCAGCACUAGUGCAUCCAAGCGAAGCUUUUUGUCUAGUUCAUGGCAUUUGGUAUCUUUUCUGUCUUCCCUCUGGAUACCUGCUGCUUAUUGUAUACUCAUUAGCAAAUAUCACUGACAGAUCAUGGGGAACUCGUGAAGCCAAAAAUACGUUUGUGGAUGAUAAAAAUUGGUACAAGGUAUUCUGGAAAGAACUCAGACAUCUUUGCUUUUGUUGCCAACCCGAACAAAAGCCAGCCCCAUCUCGAACUGAAGAAUUCAUUGUGGAACAGCCAGGCGAGUGCAGACCUAGAGAUGGCUUAAUUUCUGAUAGCCAUGGUCCCUCUACUUCUGUUAGUGAAACUGCUGAAGAUCACCAAGUGCUUUCCUCCCACAACUCUGAUUCUGAAUCACAAAUGCCUAUUGAAAAGUGGUUAGCAGAUUUUAAGGAUUCGUACAAGAACAACUUUAUCGAUAAUGGAUAUGACGACGUCAGCUUCCUUAUUGGCAUGACUGAUGAUGAUCUUCGCUCCAUUGGUAUCGAAAGAUCAGGUGAUCGAUCACAAAUCCUUGAUGAGAUUAAGAAUAUUCCUUUCCCUCCUGUUGAUACAGAUGUACCUGAAAAUCUAAAAGAGUGGCUGCAUAAACUGGGUCUCGGCAGAUACUGGACUCACUUUGAAAAAAAUGGUUACAAAAAACCGCGUAUGCUGGAACGACUUAAGGAUAUGAAAGUCGAAUCUCUGCGCAAAGAACUAAAAGAGGAUCUGAAUGUUCUUAAACUUGGCCAUUUGAAUAAGAUGAUCAAGGCGAUUACAAAUAUGCGGUAUGCAACCUCAGCACAAAGAGAGAUUCACCAGACACGUAAGAUAGUUGAUAAGGUGAACCCCAUAGAAAUUGACGGCAAAGAAUUGCGUUUUUGGGAAAUGUUACGAUCAAGAUGUCUGCUUCCAGAGUCUGCCGUAUUUGGUAGCAUGACAGAACUCAAGGAAAAACUAGAAGACUUGCGUGACUCUUUUUUGACCGUGUUUGCCAUAGCUAACGUAAUGUGGAUUAUUGUCAUCAUCACGCUCGAUAAACAGGCUGAGCUCAAAGUCAAAGGCACAAAUGCUAUCGGUCUUGUUUUUUUAUUUGUUUUUGGAUUGGUGAUUGUUAUUCAAUUUCUUACAAUGAUCUUCCAUCGGCUAUCGACUCUCUGCCAUUUACUGGCUCGUGCUCUAUGGAAAAGAGGUCGUUCUCAACUUUCGUGGGCUUUCAAUGAUGAAGAUCUUAGACUCCACUCUAAACCUCAGCAAAGCGCAUCGCUGUCAAAAGGAGGACGAGAAGACCAUGAAGAGAUCACUGCGGAGGUCGCUGCGGAGAUCAAAGAGGUCACUGUGGAGACGAAAUCGAAAGUUGACGACCGAGCAGAAGACCAUGACCUAACAUCGGCCAGUUGUGAAGAGAUCGCUGGGAAGAGUAUUGAGGUCGCUGUGGAGAUCACUCAGGUCGCUGUGGAGAUCCCGUCCCCAGUUGAUGACACACACUGCAUACACACUGCAUAAUUUAACAGCCAGAAUUUCACAAAAGAUGCACUGAAUUAGUCUCAUUCCUAUACAUCUAAUUGCAAAAAACAUUGCCGGGUUUAAAAAGGUGAAAUCAAAGACAGAAGGGGACAUUAAUGCGGACAGUAUUUGGGAACUGAAACACAGUUAAAAAUCUGCCUUCCCAUACUCUAUGUAACUCUUAACUUUGAUGAUGUCACCUUUGUGAACCUGACAACGUGUUGUUUUCAGUUAGGUGCAUACUCAACAGCAGCCGGUCUCAUUUAUCAGUAUUCAAGAAUUUCUGACGCAAAAGAGCAAGCGCUUCCCGUAGUUUCUUUGAGACUACAGUAAAAACCCGCGUCAAGAACAAGUGCAUUAAGAACACCAGGAAAGAAAGUACCAUAUAUAUAAGAACACAGCCUAAAAAAUGAAAGUUGUUCUUAUAUAGAAAAAUAGAGAUCAACGUUACUUCUCAUUGCACUUAUAAUAUUCAUUAAUAAUUCAUAAGUUACACAGCCAUUCAGUGACCGUUAUUGUAGUCACAUGACUACCCUUGUAUUCACCAAUACAAACUUAAAGCGCGGGAAGGGCUUGAAUUCAGAGCAGGGAAAGGGUGGGGUUGAUGAAUAAUAACAGUAGAAAAUAUGAUCUAUUAGUAUUCUAUAUAAAAAUACAGAAUAAUAAUAGAUCUAUAAGUAUUCUGUAUUUUUAUAUAGAAUAGUAAUAGAUCUGUUAGCCUGCUAUAGAAAAAAGUAUAAAAUGCUGAUAGAAUCGAUCUAGCAAAAUGAAUAGUCAAAAUUGCACGUAUUUACAUUUACGAUCAUUCUUCUUGAGGAGGUUAAAUGAAUUUUCCGCCUUUACGUUUUGUAGAAGCCUGUUAAGGCCGGAAACUGAACAAUCACAAAUAUAGAUUUAUACUACUUAUUAACCGAGAGUGAGGUCAUUACAGGGAAAUCUCAGACCGAGGUCUUGGAAGUAUGGAC